CAUUAUCAAUAAUAAUGGCUGUUUAUUAUCCUCUUUCAACAUUUUCCAUUUUUUUUCUUCUUCUCAUCUUCAUAAGCUUGUGCUUCAAUGAGAGUUUUGGUGAUAAUGGAGGCUGGCAAAGUGCUCAUGCUACUCUUUAUGGAGGGGGUGAUGCAUCUGGUACAAUGGGGGGUGCUUGUGGUUAUGGUAAUUUAAACAGCCAAGGUUAUGGUACAAACACUGCAGCAUUAAGUACAUCCUUAUUCAAUAAUGGAUUGACAUGUGGUGCUUGCUACCAACUCAAAUGCAACAAUAAUGAUGCCAAAUUGUGUCUUCCAGGAACAACAAUUACUGUCACAGCAACAAAUUUUUGUCCACCAAAUCCAUCAUUACCUAACAACAAUGGUGGUUGGUGCAAUCCUCCUUUGCAACAUUUUGAUUUGGCACAACCUGCCUUCUUGAAAAUUGCACAAUAUAAGGCUGGUAUUGUCCCAAUAUCUUUCCAAAGGGUACCUUGCAUGAAGAAGGGAGGAAUAAGAUUUACAAUAAAUGGCCACUCUUAUUAUAACUUAGUUUUAGUGACUAAUGUUGGUGGUGCUGGUGAUGUUCAUUCAGUUUCCAUUAAAGGUUCUAAAAAUGGAUGGCAAUUAAUGUCAAGAAAUUGGGGCCAAAAUUGGCAAAGCAAUGCAUAUCUCAAUGGACAAAGUCUUUCAUUUCAAGUGACAACAAGUGAUGGAAGAACUAUCACAAGCAACAAUGCUGCCCCAUCUAAUUGGCAAUUUGGACAAACUUUUGAAGGGGCUCAAUUUUAGUUUUUCAUCGUCGAAAUAACGUCUACUGAUCAUUUUUCAGUCUCAUGUAGUUUUAAAUUUUACAGGUGA